AUGAAAAUGCGAUCUUCUCUUUACAACGCCAAACCCAAGGAACGCGGCGACAACGGCGAGAAUCAGGCCCAGUUUGAGGAGGAGAUAAUGCAAGAGAAUGAGGCCAUCUUGGGUGCUCUGGGGAACACCGUAAAACGAAUGAAGGCCUCAGCAGGCGUUCUACUGGAAGAAGCCGAAGCUCAUAAUAGAUUAUUGGAAACUGUCGGCAGUGCGUUCUCUAGGGCGAGCAGUGGGGUAAAUCGGUCGGUACAGCAUAUUGAAGGGGUGAUGGGUCGCUAUGGAUGGCGACAUACACUUCUUAUUGGUGCCUUGGUGGUUUUCACCGUGUGCUCCUUGUAUUAUCUGCUCCAUUGA